CAGCACAGCAUCUUUACUGCCACUUAUUGCCGCACGAAUCCUUCAUCGACCUCCUCUUGGCAAUAUUGAGUAGAUUAAGAUAUCUCUUCGCGUGCUGAUGGAGUGACAACCUGCGCGACUUGACUAUACUACAUCAAGUUGAACCAACAUGAAAACUUUCACGAACAAGAAGACGAGCACGACUGUUAAUAUUCGGAGCGUUGACCACGUCGAGAAGGAGAAGAUGACAAAGCGCCAAAAUUCAUUAAUUUCGUAUGUGAAACACGCCUGCUCUCGUCCACCUGUGGAUGUAGUGGCACUGCUCGGUGCAAGCAACAUAAAAUCUUCGAGAAUACAGACGAGAAUGUCCACAAGAACUACUUCUACUUGUACUACCUGGGGAGAUUCUUCUGUGACGUGAAACUAGUAACUCCGCCGGCCUCGUCGUCUUCCCCGCCGCAAUUACCUAUCUAUUGCUUCAAUUCUUGGAGUUAUCCCCACACCGAGAACGAGGCGGGCCAAGUGCGUGCAACAUCGAGUGACCGCGACCCGCGCAGCACAGUUGCCACGAUGACCGUGCUCUCGGCCGCUGGGCCCGCGAAAGAACCACCCGGCGUGAUGAACCCGGCUUCGCAGGGUGGUGGUGCAACUGCCGCGGGGACCUCCAAACCGCCUGGUGGUACAGGGACUGGCGCAAGUGUCGAGGAAAUCGAACAAACAUUGUCGGAGAUCUUCGACUUUUACGCAACACGGCCGCAUUCCAAAAGUGCUUUGCUCUUUACAUUUGUCAUGCGUGCUACGACGUGGUCGAGAAGAGCAUGGAUUAGGAUUUGUCCUUCAUAAUAUUGGUAGCGCAGCAGAAUGCAUAGACUGCAACUUGUCGUGCUGCUAGGUCUGCGACAGUGACGAGGAAGAUCAUGCACAUGAUAAUUUUUCAACACAUCGUCCGCAUUAACAAACCACUGCACCUUCAGGUACCGGCUCCUCUGUCCUAAAGUCUGCCAAAUUCAUGAAGAUGUGUCUGGACGCCGACCUGGUGGACGACAUGCAAAGCACCCAGGCUUCCGACCCACACGCGCGGUCGAAGCUGUUGACGUCUGCACGGUAUCCUGUGCAAAAGUGUCGUACUCGUAUUUUUGCAGUCAAGCUCAUUACAAAUCUUUUUCUCGAGGUAAAUCACCGUAUACAAAUUUCAUUUCUCAUGCUGAGAAAAUUUGUAAUGCAAUUCAUACUAGUACGAUAUUACUUUUGCAAUGCAUACGCGGGUCGACUUGAUUUUCAAAAAGUUGUGCGGGAACCGAACGACCAUGACUUUUGAGCAGUUCAUGAACGCUUGCGUCCAAAUCGCGCUCACCAAAUACCCGCACGUCAGCAAAGCCUACGAAGCCUUGUCAAUUCUGUACGAGGAUAUGCAUUGCAAACCAAGUACUCGUGCUAAAGAUUGCAGACAAAGACAUGCAUUAGUGAUAUUAUAAAAUGUAAAUCAGCAUGACAAAUUCCAGUUGUAAUGCUGAGAUACAAUUGCAAUUCCUGCUAGGUCGACGAGUAUACUUUAUUUGCACUCUAUAGAGGAGCACUUUUCGAAAUUUCUCAACCCGCACGCGGAGCUCCUUGGCGUGUUCCUAGGCGGGCAACAGGACCACGCGGGCAUUGGGGAGGAGUCUUUUUUCGAAGCCAUCGCACCGGUCAAGGAGGCCGUGCUGACGCUCUAUCAAGGGUAUAAUUUCAUUUUCACGUUUUUCUGAAACCACUCAACGCAUCUACUUUCUUACUUUCUAUCUCUAAUUCUACGUAUGCAGCUUGCACCGAUUCGUUUGGAUGAUAUUUUGUUGCAUGACAGUCGCCCUUUGGUUUUGCAGGUGCUGUUGAAGCAGAAAUUCAUUCUCAUGCGGGCUCUACAACAACUACAUGAAAGCAGGAUUACGAUUAGCAACGCCAAUCUCGAAUCAAAGGUACUUCUGCCAGGAGCUUAAUCCGCAUUUUCAGCAGCAAACGGCAAGCCUCUAUGCUGCGCAAAAGCAUCGUACGAGUAUGAAUCGCAUGACAAAUUUCCUCAGCAUGAGAAAGAAAAUUUGUAGUGCGGAUUUAACCUAAGAAAGAAAUUUGUAAUGCAUGAAUGCGAUUAGUACGAGCACGAUACUUUUGCGCAGGAUAGCCUCGAAUCGCAGUCGAUGAAGGCCUUUCUCGCAUGUCUGCACGACUUCGAGAUCGCUCCGAAUUUGGUUCCGAAACCGAUCUGCUUAUCGGUUUUCCGGGAGGUACUACUAGAUGGCAAAACAGUUUUCAUCUACGGAGGCUGUGGAGUUUGAGUUUGUCAUGCAUGCAUGAACUUCGAGGGGAAGAUGUGGUGCAAUAGGGGUUUCAUACAGUAGACUUGAAGUUCUAGGGGUUUCAUACAGUAGACUUGGAAUUUGUCAUGCGGAAAGAUAUUAAAGCCCAAAUCAUACUUAAUUGACCACGACAGGUCCUGAAAGCGAAAAUUCCGGAAGAGUUUUUCGCUCAGUUUUUGAAGACCUCGGAGCUCACGGAGGAAGAACUGCAAAGCAAACCGAUUUUGACACCUGAGGAGCUCUCUCUGAAGGGCCGGCUGUUCACCAUCGGACACUUUGUGAUUGGACUCUAUUUGGUCGGAAAAAAACUCCGAAACGACCCGGCUGGGCUUUUGCAGCAACCGUCUCCGGCAGUGGUGAUAACCGAAUUGCUGGAGAGGAUGGACGUGUCAACGCCAGGAAAAAUCAUCUUCACUGCGGAGCGUAUUGAUCAAUGUCGAUGUCGUUUAGUUUUCUUGUGCAUGAUUGAUCGCAUUUGCUAGUUAUUGUUUGCGUGGCCCGCAUGAUGACAUCAGCCUGCCAGGGCAUAUAACUGAAAUAAUCCUACAACUACAUGACAAACUGGUGAUCUCCCCUCAUCUCUCAUUUCAGGCGCCCGGUCCCUCCCUCUCUCCAGUGCUUUCAACGCGCCAGGGAAAGUUCCGUUUUCGUUCUUCCCCGAACCCAGGCCGCAAUCAACAUCUUCUCAUAGUACCGGACAAACCGGCGCACCAGCUUCGUCAUCUUCAUCUAGUCAACAAAACUACAAAAAACCGACAUCCCAGCACCUGCAACAAAUCGGCGGCAGUUCGUCUUCCAGUAGCAGCGCGACGAGGCCUAUCCAGGAAAAAACACCCAUCCCCAUCCAUGUUUUGCAUGACAAGCACUAGAUUUUAUGCCUGUUUUGCAUGACGAAUUGGAUGGGGAUGGGUGUUUUUUUGUGGAUAAGGGCCAGGGCCGGGAGCACGCGAAGCCCAACCACGGGGAUCAUGAAGAAUGGUUUGUCUAACAACUUCGCUAACCGGAUUAAUAAUUCUGGGUCUUCCGCCGGGAGAAGAAAUUUUUCGAAAUUUCUCAUUCCGGACGACGUCGGGGUUUUCCUCCAACAGCAACUAAAACUGAAAGAAGACGACGAUGGAUCGGUUCUUUCCGGCGAGGAGAUUGACCACCUGCUCCAGCAGCUCUUCCUUUACUACAGCUCGCUCGGAGACCCUCUGAACCGAAAUAGCAUGAGCUCCAUGAAGUUUAACCGGUUCCUCCGCGACGCGGGUUUACUCCCUAGGGAUUGCAAAUAUUUCUGGGUCUGGAUAAGUGGAACUUGUAAUGCUGUCCGCGGAUUCUAAGAAUAUCUGUGUUGCAUAAGCAGCAAGAGGAGUCAGCUCUUGGCACGCGGAAAGGGCAUUUCUCAUGCGUAAUUAGCAUCAAGAAGCUCUCAAAAAAUCUGUGAUGCUAGCAACAGCAUCACAGACCUCACGGGUCAUGCAAAAUGCGCAUGACAAACCCCGACUCUUCCAGACCUAGACAUUUUUGCAAUCCAUACUCCCCGCGGAAUUGCCGAAGGGCGCUCUGUCUUUUGACCAGAAAUCGCUGCAGGUAAAAUCAAAGCUGUACAGCAACUACGCGCAAUUACACGACGCCGGGGACUACCACGGGAGCGGAAAAUGCACCAGGACCGCGAAUCUGGAACGGUUGGUGGAAAACAGCGAUUUCGUGUUGAAUCAAGUGGAUGUGGAUUUGAUCUUUCUGCAGGCAACAAAUUACGAGAGGAAAAAACAGCAUUCCUCCGGGCACCAAGUACGACACUUGCUGACCGUAAAAAGCUGGCGCAGGGCGGUCGCGGACAUUGCAGUGAGACGGUACCUGGAAUUGUUCGGCGUGGGGGUGGAACGGCUCAUGCAGGAACAGCCGGAGGCGGUGAUAUUUGCAAGUAUACUUUUUUACACAAUCUUUGACUACUUUCGAGCUUUGCUGGACAAUCUCGUCGGAGUGAACUAGCUACAACACAACUCUCCUGCUAUUGACUUUGAAUGAAACAAAAACUUAAUAGCCGCCAUCACCUCCUUUGCGGAGGCCAUUCUGCAGCCGCUUUGCAACGCACUAGAUUUUCAGUCCCACGUCGACGUUUCGAACUUUGCGGUGGAGAUGGGUAGAAAGGAGAUGGUGGAGUUAUUCCAUUCGCCAAAUAUCAGUGACGGAAUUUCCAAAAUUUUCGCCUAUUACGUAUGCAUUGCAAAACUCUAGUAUCUUGGUCGUUAUCGCAAUACAAAUACUAGCGCUUAGCAUGACAACAUCAAAUGGAAUCUGUCAUGCAAAUUUUUUAGGUCGGGAAGGCGAUUUGUCGUGCAUGGUUGCGAUAAUUUAUUACAACUACAACUACGGUGCACAGCUUUUGCAAUGGAUACCAUGCUGACCAAACCUACACAACAUCUGCGGCGAACGCAAACUCCGCAAUGAUGAACUUGAAUUCCCUUCGCUGGACUGUCAACAGCUUUCUAAAGUAUAAAAUUCCAAGUUGGAUAAUUUUGAUUUUUUAGUUCAGUGAAUUUCAUCAAUUUUUUCCCAUGUAAGUUUCUCUUUCUUCUCGAUUGAGUGAUCUGCUGGUACCAAACUGUCAUGCAAUAGAUCCUAAUGUUGUACUGUACAGUACUAAAAAUAUGAGCAGAAGACAACUUCUCAAAAGCAAAAGUACACCCAUACAAUCAUGUACCACUUUUUGAAAUAGGUUUUGUGCCGACUUUGAGAUCCAGGAGGAGCUAUCGCACCUUCCUAUCCAUAAACAAACACCCAUCCCCAUCCAAUUUGUCAUGCAAAAUAUGCGUCAGAGCCAUUGUCUGCCAUGCAAAAACUUGAUGGGGAUGGUUUUUUUUUGUGGAUACUUCCCCUCCAGAGGAUCUUCCAGGAUUGCGCACAGGUGGAAUUUAUGCAUUGGAAACAUGUAGUGUUUGGGUCUGGAUCAUUGCAAGAGCUGCAAGACUUGGAAUGCCGGAACGCAUGUUGCGCAACGGUGCUGCUCGUCUGUGCUGUGCUGCAAUGAAAAUGCGGCUUUGCAUGCACAGAUCGCAGUAGAUAGCCGCUUUUAGAAAAGCAAAAUUGUCAUGCGCUUUCUGCGUACGGGCUCGUCAGAUGCACAACACAGUACGGUGACAACUAAGUACUUUGCAUUUGCUCCAGAAUUACGCCAGAUAUGUUUGCAAUGCAUAGAACUGGUGGAAAAACGAACAGCGAAUACUCUUCCGACUUCCAAAGCGGAAAAGGCGUCGGGGGACCAGUUAACGCGAUUGGGGUUUCAACUCUCCUUGGUUCUGCUUGCCGUCAAGCUCAACAAAGCCGACUCCUCUCUACCGUCCCUGCAAGACCAGGUGAUCGCGCUGUUACACAAACUCAACCACGCUCAGGGCGGGAUGAAGGUAUACUCCUAAAAUCAUACUUGGGUAGUUAUUUGGGCAGUUUGUGUUGCAUGAAUCUGGAGGUUUAGCAUUUCGAUUUCCACUAAAGCUAACAGUCCGUAAUUCGCAUGACACCACCUUGGGAUAUUCUUAUUUACGUCGAGGUGCAUGAACUAAAAAUCAGGACCGUCCCUCCGUCGCCAGCUUAACCCGCAAAGGGAUGCUGUUCACCAACUUACCGCCGCUUAUGCAAAGCAAAUAUGUCUGGGUCUGGAAGGUUGAAACUUGCCAUGCUAACUCUGAAUCAUGCAAAAAUCUGUGUUGCAUGAGUGCCAACACCUGCCUCCUUGUGAGCCAGUUCGUUGGGCGGGAGUUUCUCAUGCAGGAUAGGCACGACAGAGACAUCGCAGAGUCUGUCAUGCUAGGUUCGCAUUCCAGGCCUCAUUGGUCAUGGGAAACCUGCAUGAGAAGUUGACAGGCCUCCAGACCCGCCAGACAUAUUUGCAUUUGAUACCGCUCGGGACGUUACAACUGGAUAAUUUCCGGAGGAGUUUUGAUUCCACUUCCGUGGAGAAUGUGAAUUGGAAUUCUGUGAAAUAUAUGGAUUGCAAAUAUGCCUCGGUCUGGAAGAGUGGAACUUGUAAUGCUGUCUGCGGAUUCUUAAGAUAUCUGUGUUGUAUGAGCAGCAAGAGGAGUCAGCUUUUGGCACGCGGAGAGGGCAUUUUUUCUCAUGGGUCAUUAGCAUCAAGCAACUCUCAAAAAAUCUGUGAUGCUAGCACCAGCAUCACACACCUCACGGGUUAUGCAAAAUGUGCAUGACAAGCCCCGACUCUUCCAGACCCAGACAUAUUUGCAAUCCAUAAAAUCCGAAGAGAUGUUUCUCCGGAACUCCUUCAAUACCGUAGCUGGGACGACGAGCUCAUCUUCUAUGGGUGGCGGUGGCAGUACGGCACCGAAGCUGUUAACGGAGAGGUUUUUCAGGACGCUACGGACUUGAGAGGAAGAGGGUGUUGUAGCAGGGGGAGGAGUUUCUUCAGUUUUACUCGGCUAGUUUGGAGUAGAGCUACAACUGUGCUGGCUUGUUAAUACACUUCAUGUAGUCAGCACCCACGCAAAUCUAAGGAAAAAAACGACAUAGACAAUAGAGCUUUCGCAUCUCAUCCACCAGGGACAACUCGCCGAUAAUCAUUUAUUCCACAGCUAUACCAAAACGAGGCUUGUUUCGUGCUUUCAAGAAAAUUUUAUACUCGUGUCGAACAAAAUAUCACCGUGUCGGUUAGCCGUAAGGCAGCAGCUAAGACAGAUUCACAGCAAAUUCAAAUAUACGAUAUACGCUUUCGAUCGCCGAAGAGUCCUUACACAGAUAUUACCACAUCCACAUUUUUACUGCAAGAGUCGCACAUCACAAUCACUGUAGCAAAACUACUAUAAAGCGCAUCAGACUUCACUCACAAGACGAAAGUUUCAUUCGGAUCGAUAGGUGACAAGGUAGUUGUCGUAUUGUAAAAACGCCUUUAGGUAGUUGUACUGCCGAGAUGAUGCACUCUGAAAUUCAUCUCGGACUACGACGAUGCAACAAAUGAACUUGAUGCUACAUCAAAUUAUAGUCGCACACAUCCUACCCUGUUAGAAUGAACGCAAAUGUAUCAACUGUGACGCUGCUGUAAGUGCCUCUUUCUACCAUUUCAAAAAUGUCUUUUUAACUCUGCUCUGUCGGUUCACAACUCGUCUCCUGAGUCUGCUUUUUUGGAAUAUGAGAAAACUGCACCUGAAAGUGGAAAUGGAAAUCAGAAAAGCGAAAGGUAUGAAAAAAGCGGCUGCAGAGUAUGCCCGUUGUGUGGGCCGCGGCAUUUUAAUGAUAGUAGAUGACGCACACACCGUCGUCAGCCGGGACGAUCAUUCACGGACGUGCUCACGCCCUUCUGAAGCUGAACAUAAC